AUGCAGGUUGCCAGCAACUUUCCGAAGCGCGCAAAGACCCAGCAGGACGUGGUGUUUAUCCCUCAGCAAUCCUCCAUCGAGAAGUUCGUGGUCAGCAUCUGGGAGCAGAUCCAUGGCGGCAUCAGCCUCGAUCCGCAGAGUCUCCUCGAACAGUGGCAGUUGACGGCGACGGCGGCCACCGCAACCAUCAACAACGCGGGCAAGAUCCACGUCCCCGAGCAGCUCGAGCUCGGCCUGCUCCAACCGCCCACCGUGAUAGACGGCACGAUAGCCGAGGUGGACGUGGAGGGGACCUUCAACCGCAGCAACAUCUUCUGCCGGAAGGUCACGCAGGCGAGCCGCGCGUGCCGCUCCAUCGAGGUCAUUGUCCAAGCGCGGUGGAUCGAGCACUUCGACUCGUACGUCGAACUGCUCGCCAUCACAAACCCGGGCAUGUCGCCGACGAAGCGCCGCAAGGCCGCUCUCAUCGAGGCCUGCAACGAUUUCGGGUGGUCCGAGAAGGAGCUGCGCAACAAGAUGGCCAUCUGGCGCGGUUACAAGGAGAUCAAGGACGCCGGUGGCUGGGCCGCGCUCGUCUUCGCCGGCAUGGGCCUCUACCGCUUCUGCAAGUACCGCGUCGGCUUCAACCCGGAUAGCAUGUCGAGGCUGCGUUCCCUGCGGCCGCGGAUCGAGGUCGCCGCGGAUACGCUGCACCCGACGUGGCGGCAGCUUCUUAUGAUCGUGGGCGAGACGGCGCAGAGGCGGUUUUGCGGGCACCCGCACGACUGGGUGGUCCGGUACGACGGUUCGGAUCCGGUGCCCCUGCGUUCGACAUAUCUCGAGUACGACCCGUACUUCAGCUUCGAACAGAUCGAGCACUCCGUCAUGGACAUGAGCGCGUGGGCGACGGACGACCCGCGGUGGGUGCCCCCGAUCAACGCCGUGGCCUGCGUCCAGGGCAUGCACACGUGUCACUCGUGCGGCCAGGAGCAGUCGGAGGACCCCAAGAUCAACUCGUGCUACUGCUUCCCGACGCUCUUCGGAUCCGGCCGGCGGAGCCCCUGCCCGGUGCAAGUGUUCCGCACGCCGGACGGGCGCAACAACGGGCUGACGGCGCUCUGCCCGUUCGAGCGCGGCGCGGCGAUAGGCGAGUUCGUCGGGCUGGUCACGAAGGAUCUGCGGGACAUGGACGUCAUGGACAGCUCGACGGGCGUGCGGGCGUAUCAGAUCUGGCAGGGCCGCCAGGGCAACUUCACGAGGUUCGUCAACCACAGCUGCAAGUCCAACGCGCAGUUCCAGCAGUUCGUGUGGAUGAGCACGCAGCGCAUCAUCCUGGUGAGCAAGGGCAUCGAGGCGGGACAGGAGGUCACGGUGGACUAUUCUGGGAGCUACUGGCGCGGUCUGGACAAGGAGUGUCUUUGCGGCGAGUCGUGUUGCCGAUAUAGGAACAACCGCGAGUUGAGAUGA